AUGUCAAUGUCGUGCGGAAAGUGCGCUUACUGCCCGUUGGCCGACAACACGGCUGCGCAUAAAUGUCAGCCGCACGCUGUGACUUGUACUACAGUUCUGAGUGGUUGCAGCUCCUGCCGCCAGGAGACGCUGCAGCGGCCCCGUGAAGAAGCUGCAGAAAUGCUCUGCCCACCAUGGAGACUGCGGCAGCGCGAGGGCGGCAUGGACAAAUUGCAACUAGCACGAAGUAUGUCGUCGUACAAAGUGUCAGCCGUGGCUGCCAAGGAGAAGGCCAGGGCAGAAGCCGCCGACGCAGAGGCCGCCGGCGACGUGUGCGCGGACGGGCGCGGCCCCGUGUGGAAGGUGUGGCGGCGGCGGCGCUACGUGGUGGCGCUGCUCGCCUUCCUCGGCUUCUUCAACGUGUACGCGCUGCGCGUCAACCUCAGCGUCGCCAUCGUCGCCAUGACCGCCUACCGCAACGUCACGCUCGACAACGGCACCGUCACCCAGGUGCGCGACUUCGACUGGGACUCUGAGACGCAGGGCGCGGUGCUGAGCUCGUUCUUCCUGGGCUACCUGCUGACGCAGGUGCUGGGCGGCUGGCUGGCGGCGCGCGUCGGCGGCCAGCGCGUCUACUGCAUCGGCAUCGCCACCACGGCGCUGCUGACGCUCGUCACGCCGCCGCUCGCCUCGGCCAGCCUCUACCUGCUCAUCGCCGUCCGCGUCAUCGAGGGGCUCUUCGAGGGCGUGACGUACCCGUGCAUCCACGCGGUGUGGGCGCGCUGGGCGCCGCCGCUGGAGCGCAGCCGCAUGGCGACGCUGGCGUUCUCGGGCAGCUACGUGGGCACCGUCGUCUCCAUGCCCGUCUGCGGGCUGCUCGCCAAGGAGGUCGGCUGGCAGUCCAUCUUCUACGUCUUCGGCGUGGUGGGCCUCGUGUGGUGCACGGCGUGGUGGCUGGUGGUGGCCGAGGGUCCGGAGAAGGACCCCAGGAUCUCGCCGGAGGAGCUCAAGUACAUCCAGGACUCGCUGGGCCCCGACAGCGACCACAAGAAAGUCGUGCACCCUUGGGGGAAAUUCCUGACGUCGAUGCCUGUGUGGUCGAUCGUGAUGGCGCAUUUCUGCGAGAACUGGGGUUUCUACACACUGCUGACGCAACUGCCCACGUUCAUGAAAGACGCGAUGCACUUCAACCUGAAGGAGGCGGGCUUCAUGUCGGCGCUGCCGUACCUGGUGAUGGCCAUCAUCCUGCAGUUCUCGGGACACCUCGCCGACUGGCUAAUGCGCCGCCAGAUCCUCUCCACCACCAUGGUGCGCAAGGUGUUCAACUGCGGCGCGUUCGUGGCGCAGACCGUGUUCAUGCUGGCCGCCACCAACGUGCUCACCCCGGUGGGCUCCACCGUCUUCCUCACGCUCGCCGUCGGGCUCGGAGCCUUCGCGUGGUCCGGCUUCAGCGUGAACCACCUGGACAUCGCGCCGCAGCACGCCAGCGUCCUCAUGGGCCUCUCCAACACGGUGGCCACGCUGCCCGGUAUCGUCAGUCCUAUCAUCACGGGCUACAUCGUCACCGACAAGAGUGUGGAGCGCUGGAAGUACGUGUUCUACAUCGCGAGCGCCAUCUACCUCACGGGCGCCAUCUUCUACGGGCUGUUCGCGUCCGGCGAGCGCCAGCCGUGGGCGCUGGAGCCGCCGGCCCAAGACGAGGAGAGGCCCAAGGAUGACGCCAAGGGCGGCCACGUCAACCCGGCCCUCGAGCUCAACGAGGCCCUCUGAGAGCCGCAGCGGCACGCCACACACACCACGCAGCAGGCAGCAGCCGGCCCCAGUCCCAGCUCGCUGCCAGCUGUCUCCAGUAUUACGAUACCAAACUAACGCCCGGCACUUUGCGGCCCUCGUGACGAAGGGUACGUUUGCGUUGGAGCUGUGAUAGAUUAGAAGAGCGUCGAAGAGGGCAGCGAGCGAAGCGAAGCACGGAUCUCAGCUCCACGACGGAGCUUCGGCAUCAAAGACGGACAGAGCGUCAACAGUGUACAGGGUAUUAAUAAAUUAGUUGUACAAAAGUAACUAUCAGUUGUCAAAAAACGAAAUAACUUACAGAACUGUUUGAUGCAGCACUAAAUACAGUAUAUCUUCAAGUAUUAUUUACAAAUGUUAGUGUGGCAUCUUUCGUAACACGACAAGUGUCCCACCUGUAAUCAAAUUCCUGUGAAGUUCUGUGAAACAAGUCUUGAUUUAUGCCAGCAGUUGCUCGUGUUAUCCGCUGUAGCAGCUCGUACACUUUUCUCGGAAGCGGAGGAACAAACGCUCUGUCUUUAGCGUAAACCCAUACACAGAAGUUAUUGGGGUUGAAUCAGAUGAUCGUGUUGGCUAGGAUAUUGCUCCACCACGUCCAACCACAGUCGGCUCAUUCACAUGGAGUUACGUGACAACUUCACGAUGAUAAUGUGGUGCCGUGCGUGAUUAGCCGAGCGGGCUAGGGCGUUGCAUUCAUGGACUGUGCGGCUGGUCCCGGCGGAGGUUUGAGUCCUCCCUCGGGCAUGGGUGUGUGUGUGAGUCAUUAGGAUAAUUUAGGUUAAGU